AUGGUGAUUGGCCUGACGCACAACGUGCAGUUCGAGAGCCAAGUGACAGCUAAAAAGCUGCAGGCAGAAGCGUCCAAUGCGCACGGCGAACAAAAGAGCAGCUGCGGCUGGCGAGAGGAAAAGAGACGUAGGUCGAGGCGUGUGCAGUCCAGAAGCUGGAGUAUUGUGUGUGGCGAACAGCUGUCAUGCAAAGAGCAAGUGAAACAGGUCGAGUGCGUCCGAGACGAAGACGAAGGGCGCGGCUGGCUGGAAUCGGGGUGUUUAAGACGGGCGACGGGCCGUGACCAUGGGCGCUCCGCACACAACAGCUGA